UUUUAGGGAUGAUGUCGUACCUGAAAGUAAUGAUCAUAUGGAAUGUACUUUGUGUAUCCUUGGUGAUCCUUUCCUUGUCCCUGAUUCAAGAAGUGUCUUCUCAAGCAGUCUCCUGCAAGGGACGUUGCUUUGAAGCUUUUGAAAGAGGAAGAGAGUGUGACUGUGACGCGGACUGUGAAAGAUAUGGCAAAUGCUGCCCCGACUAUGUGAAACACUGUAAAGAAGCGCACACAGAAAAGACAACACCCAAGACUCCUCCACCAAAUAAAUCAACAUCUAAGAGGUCAUCUGCAAAUGAAGAAAAGAAGCCAGAGGAAGUAACACAGCCCCAUGAAGUUAUAGAAGAUAUGGGCAGUGAAAAAAUGGUGACCAGUCCUCCUCCAACUACAAAACAAACUGAUACAACACCACCAGUCAAAGCAACCACAAUUAAACCAUCUACUCCAAAACCUAGUUUAACACCUACCACAAUUAUUACCACAAAACCAACAACUUCCAAAGCUGAAGAGACAACCCCUGAAGACACAGAGGCUCCAACAACUGAGGCAGACCCUACCAUCACACCCAAAGAGGAAGAGAUAACCGCUGAAGCCACAGAGGAACCCACGACUGAGGCAGACUCUCCCACCAGCCCCAAAGCUGAAGAGACAACCCCUGAAGCUACAGAAGAACCAAUGACAACAGCAGACCCUCCAGCCACACCCAAAGUUGAAGAGAUGACGCCUGAGGCCACCGAAGAACCAAUGACUGACGUAGACAUUCUCACCACCCCCAAAGCCGAGGAGACAACCCCUGAAGCCACCGAGGCUCCAACGACUCCGAAAGCCGAGGAGACAACCCCUGAAGCCACCGAGGCUCCAACGACUCCGAAAGCCGAGGAGACAACCCCUGAAGCAACAGAGGCUCCAACGACCCCCAAAGCUGAGGAGACAACCCCUGAAGACACUGAGGCUCCAACGACUCCGAAAGACGAGGAGACAACCCCUGAAGCAACAGAGGCUCCAACGACCCCCAAAGCCGAGGAGACAACCCCUGAAGCAACAGAGGCUCCAACGACCCCCAAAGCUGAGGAGACAACCCCUGAAGACACUGAGGCUCCAACGACUCCGAAAGCCGAGGAGACAACCCCUGAAGCAACAGAGGCUCCAACGACCCCCAAAGCCGAGGAGACAACCCCUGAAGCCACCGAGGCUCCAACGACCCACAAAGCUGAGGAGACAACCCCUGAAGCCACCGAGGCUCCAACGACCCCCAAAGCCGAGGAGACAACCCCUGAAGCCACCGAGGCUCCAACGACCCCCAAAGCCGAGGAGACAACCCCUGAAGCCACCGAGGCUCCAACGACUCCGAAAGCCGAGGAGACAACCCCUGAAGCCACCAAGGCUCCAACAACCCCCAAAGCCGAGGAGACAACCCCUGAAGCAACAGAGGCUCCAAUGACCCCCAAAGCCGAGGAGACAACCGCUGAAGCCACUGAAGCUCCAACGACCCCCAAAGCUGAGGAGACAACCCCUGAAGCCACCGAGGCUCCAACGACCCCCAAAGCUGAGAAGACACCCCCUGAAGCCACCGAGGCUCCAACAACCCCCAAAGCCGAGGAGACAACCCCUGAAGCAACAGAGGCUUCAACGACCCCUGAAGCCACCGAGGCUCCAACAACCCCCAAAGCUGAGGAGACAACCCCUGAAGCCACCGAGGCUCCAACGACCCCCAAAGCCGAGGAGACAACCCCUGAAGCCACCGAGGCUCCAACGACCCCCAAAGCCGAGGAGACAACCCCUGAAGCCACCGAGGCUCCAACAACCCCCAAAGCCGAGGAGACAACCCCUGAAGCAACAGAGGCUCCAACGACCCCCAAAGCCGAGGAGACAACCCCUGAAGCAACAGAGGCUCCAACGACCCCCAAAGCUGAGAAGACAACCCCCGAAGCCACCGAGGCUCCAACAACCCCCAAAGCUGAGGAGACAACCCCUGAAGCCACCGAGGCUCCAACAACCCCCAAAGCUGAGAAGACAACCCCCGAAGCCACCGAGGCUCCAACAACCCCUAAAGCUGAGGAGACAACCCCUGAAGCCACCGAAACUCCAUCAACCCCCAAAGCUGAGGAGACAACCCCUGAAGCCACUGAGGCUCCAACAACUCCCAAAGUCGAGGAGACAACCCCAAAAGCCACUGAGGCUCCAACAACCCCCAAAGCCAAGGAGACAACCCCUGAAGACACUGAAGCUCCAUCAACCCCCAAAGCUGAGGAGACAACCCCUGAAGCAACAGAGGCUCCGACGACUCCGAAAGCUGAGGAGACAACCCCUGAAGCCACCGAGGCUCCAACAACCCCCAAAGCUGAGGAGACAACCCCAAAAGCCACUGAGGCUCCGACGACUCCCAAAGCCGAAGAGACAACCCCUGAAGCCACCGAGGCUCCGACGACUCCCAAAGCAGAGGAGACAACCCCAAAAGGCACUGAGGCUCCAACAACUCCGAAAGCUGAGGAGACAACCCCUGAAGCCACCGAGGCUCCAAUGACUCCGAAAGCUGAGGAGACAACCCCUGAAGCCACCGAGGCUCCAACAACUCCCAAACCCAAAGAGACAAUCCCUGAAAUCACCGAGGCUUCAAUGACCCCUAUAGCUAAGGAGACAACUACAAAAGCCACCAAGGCUCCAACCACCCCUAAAGCUGAGGAGACAUCUCCAAAACCCACUGAGGCUCCAACAACCAAGGCUGAUUCUCCCACAACCCCCAAAGCCAAGGAGACAAUCCCUGAAGCCCCUGAGGCUCCAAUGGCCCCCAAAGUUGAAGAGACAACCCUGAAAGCCACCGAGGCUCCAACAACCCCCAAAGCCAAGGAGACAACCCCAAAAGUUACCAAGGCUCCAAUGACCCCCAAAGCCAAGACAAUCCCGAAAGCCACGGAGGCUCCAACGACCCCCAAAGCUGCAAAGAAAACCCCAAAAUCCACCAAGGCACCAAUGACAGAGGCUGAGUCUCCCACCACCCCUAAAGCAAAAGAGACAACUCCUCUGGCCACAGAGGCACCAACAACAAAGGCAGGCUCUCCCACCAUCCCUGAAGUUGAAUUCAGUACCCCUGCACCCCUCAACAUUAAAUCAGACACAACUACAUCAGGUGAGAAGUCUGCAACUACACCUGUUAAAAAUGACAAAAUGACAGCUAAACCUGUAACAACUGCUGUAACCAAAGAAACAACAACUAAAAAGGAAACAACCACAGUGAACAAAGAGAUAACAACACCCAAGAAAGACAAAACUACUGUGCUUAAAGACAUUUUAACAGCAGGUAGGAAAGACAAAACCACUGUAACCAAGAAGCCUACCAUGGCUGAUGACUCUCCUGAAGGUACAGACAAUAUUCCAAGUAUAACUCCUGCAGCCAAACAAGUUGUAACUACAGCAGCUGAAUUAGAAGCAACUACUGUAGACAAAAAGACUGCAGUGGCUACAGAAAAAGAAGCAAUCCCGGCUACACAAGACAAAACUCCCAAACCGAGAGAGAUUUUAGCACCAACAGCUAAGGAAGAAGAACGUCCGGUGGGUACCGUGAUUGUAACAACACCAGCAGCUACAACUCCCAUGCGCAAGCCCACCAUACUGCCAACAACUGCCAAAACAGAUUCAGCUCCUAAAACCAGGGAGAUUGUGACAACAACUAAAAGUGAUACAACUACAGAGAAUAAACAGACUGUAGCAGCAGCACCUAAUGAGUGUGUAAUUACCACUAAAGAGACAACAACAGCUGGUAAAAAAGAGAUAACUACCCUCACUGAUGAAACUAGCUACACAACUGAAAAAGAAAUAGAAGAUGCCACUGAAAAGGCCCCUAGUCUUGACAAGAAAGAGGAAACUACAGUUAUCAGAGAGAGAACUACAACAGAUAAAAAAGAUACAAUAGAAGAAAUGUUUAUUGUUUCUAGAGGGACAUCCAAGCCAGAUAUACAUUUCCAGAAGGUUACUGACACACGUGAUGAGCCUCAUCCAGCCAACCCUGAAACCAUGCCAGUAAAAGAAGAGCCUGAGAUAAACAAGCCUUUAAUACAAACUGUGGACAUGCCAGUUCUACCUGGAGAAACACAAGUGGACAAGACCGACGAGAAGGACCUGUGCAGCGGGAAGCCAGCGGACAGCAUGGUAGCCCUGCCCAAUGGCACCCUGGCUGUCUUCCGAGGUCACUACUACUGGCUGCUGAAUGGCAGGAGCCCGCCGACCACCAACCCCCGCCGGAUCAGCGAGGGCUGGGGCAUCCCGUCCCCCAUCGACACCGUCUUCUCCCGGUGCAACUGUGACGGGAAGACCUUCUUCAUCAAGGGUAACCUAUACUGGCGUUUCACUAAUGGUGUGAUGGACAAAGGCUAUCCCAAACCUCUUGCAAAUGGAUUUGCAGGGUUAAGUGGGAAAAUGGUAGCAGCGCUCCCUGUGGCAAGAUACAACAGCAGACCAGAAUCAGUUUAUUUUAUCAAAAGAGAUGGUAACAUGCAACAGUAUGUAUACAGACAAGAGCCAGCCAAGAAGUGCCAAAGGAAAGCCCGCAUUACCAUAAGAUACCCAGCUUUUGUCCCAAGACUUGUAAUAAGGAGACGCUUUCAACGUGCAGUAGGAUUGCCAACUGUUAUUCAGACUGUCAGAAUCAAUCCAUAUCAAUCCGGAGUUCUGCGUAAGGAAGUCAAAAUGACUGCCUACUGGAGAGGGCUCCCCAAAGUAAUUCAUUCAACUAUAUCAGUACCCAACUACAAUAAGCCAGAUGGCUAUGAUUAUUACGCCUUCUCUUACAGUAAGUUAGAGCUAAUGCAAGUUACUCUGUAUUCCAAAAGGCUCAGUGAUAAGAAAGAAAGAAGCCCAUGUACCUAUGAGAUUUCUAAAGUUACCACUUGUGAGUCUGCAAGGCUAAUUUUAAGCAAGUACUAUUAAGCAGUUCUGAGAAAUAAACUGUUGCCUGUAAUGGAGAUGUUUCUGUUCAAGAUCGAGUUACAGGACAGCUAGUAGCAGAGAGGUACAAUCAUUCAGACUAGCCCUUUAUGGAAUGCAUUGCCAUAAGAGUACAGGUUUAUAAAAUGACAAAAAAAGCUGACAACUACAUACACAAAUCAUAUUAAUGAUAGAAUGAGAUCCUUGGACCAUUAUACAUCAGAAGAUUUUUCACUGGCUUCCACAGGACUACGUUUCUGACCAAACGACAACAACAAAAAUAUAGGGAGCAACACAAACCAUUUAAUUUCCCAGGAAAUAACUAUUUCUAAUUCCACAUUAGGUAGAUCCUUUCCCUCUAGCCAGGCUCAUCUAAAAGCAUUUAUCAGAAUUUUCUUGAUUAUUCAGGGGAAAAAAAAAAGCUUAAAUACUAGACUAUCCAAAUACAGGAUACUAAAGUAAGUCUCUGCCAGUAUGAUAAUUGUAUAACCUUAACAUUGGCUACUUCACACUCAUGGACCACGGAGUUCUUGUGUUUACAGUAGUGCAGGAUUGUUUUUAGUUUGUUUGAUUUCUAAAUUCUUAAAACUAUUUGUGUUGUAGCAGUAGAAGUGUAAUCUUCUCUACUCCCUGUUCUUGCAGCAGAUUUAUUUAUUAGCAGUAUUGUAAAACUAAGCUGAACACAAAGAAGAACAGAUCAAACAGUUGAGGCCAAAAAUGGAUUUCUAUAGCCUCUCAAUUCCAUAUAUACAUGUGGAAUGAAAAUCUGCUAUUAAUCCAUAAAUGAAAUUAAAAGGCAGGCUUUAAUUUCAAGAUUCUUUCUGUAUACUAAAUGUAGCUUCUGGAAUUUAAUUUUGACAUAUCUUCAUUUCAGAUCGGUACU